UAAAGACCACGUUGAUAGUGCUCAAACUCAAUAAAUUAUGCAAUUUAAUAUAAUAUUUUAUAAAUUAACAUAAAUCAAGAUGAUGAAACCGAGUGAAAUAUAAUCAGUAUCACAUUUCGUAUCAGACAACAACAUUGUGCGAAAUAACAAGUGAUUAUUGUUGGAUUAUUGCGAUAAAUUAUUUUAUUUUAAUAAUAAAAAAAAUGGCGGGAAAAAUAUUAGUGUCAAUGCCAUUUUUUAUUUUCAUAACGGUCAGUGCUUACGAUUUGAAGCAAGUGCUUAUUUUAAGCAGGCAUAAUAUUAGAGCACCUCUGUCUUCAAGUUUAAAUAUUCUGUCGAAUAAAACAUGGCCGAAAUGGAACGUGCAACCGGCUUUUUUAACUGAAAAAGGUGCCUUAGUAGAAGGUUAUAUGGGUAAUUAUAUUUCGAACUGGUUUGUGAAAAAAGGUUUGUUACCAAACGGAUGUCCGGAAGCCAAUGAUGUGCAUAUUUAUGCAAAUACGAGACAAAGGACACGUGAAACUGCUAAAGCUUUUGUCAAUGGUGCUUUUAAAAAUUGUAGUGUUACCGUCUAUAGCAAGAACUCCACUAAAAUGGAUCCCGUGUUUAACCCCGUAUUCAGAAGUACGUCGCUGGAGUUAAAAUCGAAAAUAAUUGAAGAGAUGCAACGUAAAUUAGACGGUUUACGACUAAAUAAAGCGUACUCAAAAUUAAACGAUAUAGUUGACUUAAAACAUGCUCCUAUUUGUAAAAAUAAGAAUGUGUGCGAUUUUGUAGGCGCGACAGAUAGUAUUAUUUAUGAAAUAGGAGAAGAGCCGAAUAUUGAUGGCCCUCUAGCAUAUACAAAUUCAAUUGUUGAUGCUUUUUUAAUGAGUUAUUACGAAGGAAUGCCCACAAGCGAUGUUGCAUGGGGAAAAAUUAAAACACCCAACGAAUGGAAUUUAUUAACGCGUGUCAUGCAUGAAAAUCAAAAUGUCAGAUUUAACAGCACAAUUUUGGGGAAGGAAGUCGCGAAGCCCUUACUGAAAUAUAUUUACAACGUAUUAAAGGAUGAGAAUUCACCGAAAUUUACGCUUCUCGUUGGUCAUGAUUCAAAUUUGAAUUCAAUUAUGGCGGCAAUCGGCGUCAAGCCCUACGUGUUGCCAGAUCAAUAUGAAUUCACGCCGAUAGGUGGAAAAUUAGUUUUUCAGAAAUGGCAUGAUAAUGAAACGAAUAAAGAUUUACUUAGAGUAGAUUAUGUUUAUCAGACAGUUAAACAAUUGAGGGAUGGUGAAAUUUUAUCUGAAUCUAAUCCACCGCGUUGGAUGAAAAUGGAGAUACACAGUUGUGAAAGUGAUUUGGAUGGAUUUUGUCCAUGGAGCGAUUUCAUGGAAAUCAUGAAAUCUGUUUCUGUGCAAAUGUAGUAUUUUUUAUAUUUUAAUGAAAUGAUGAUGAUUAUUCAAAUUGUAAUUUAUUUAUUUAGUCUUGUAUCUGAGUUUA